GUUGAUACGUCCGUCGCGAUACCCUUUCACGUGAUGCCGAGGCAAGUCACGUGAUACACGGAAGUGAUCGUGAAAGGUGUUGUUGAUUUGGCCAUGUCUGAAGUGCAACUGUCGUCCUCGCCCCAGAGCCCUGACUCUGGAUACGUAGACGACUGGCAAUCGGGUAAAACGUUGACCGAAACCAAUCUGCACAUGCUCACAACUCAAAACUCAUGUGACGUCAGCUUCCGGGUCGGGCCAAACGAAAAGGUCAUCCAGGGUCAUCGCUAUGUCCUUAUCAGCCGGAGUGCUGUGUUCCACGCCAUGUUGUCAGGCCCCCUGGCGGAGAAGGAUAUCAUCACAGUCCCCGAUAUUGAGGAUGAAAUAUUUUAUGAAAUGUUGAAAUAUUUAUACACAAAUGAGGGGAACGUCACUCCUGAGAAUGUGACAGGUCUGCUUUAUUUGGCCAAAAAGUACUCCAUCGGCGGUUUAGAACGCCAGUGUUUGGAUUACCUGGAGAAAUCACUGAGUGCCGAUAACGCGUGUGUGAUCAUGGAACAAGCCCACAGCUUUGACGAGACUGAGCUUCAGGCCAAGGCGCUGGAGAUCGUCAUCAGUGAAGGUGACGUCAGUCUCAGAACAUCAGGGUUCUCCCAGCUCUGCCACAGCUGUUUCCACAAGGUUGUGACAUCGGAGGACCUAGCCGUGAAACCGGAACACAUGUUCAGCGCCGCGAUGUCGUGGUCGGCGGCCGAAUGUGAGCGCAAGGAGUUAGAGGUCGUUGCUGUCAAUCAGAGAACCGUCCUUGGCGAGUCCCUUUACAACAUCCGCUUCUCAACCAUGUGUCGCGAGUACUUCGUGAAACAAGUCGUUUCCACUGGGGUCCUUGUAGCAGAAGAGAGUAAUAAGAUCUUAUGCAAGUUUGUCUGUAGCGAUGUGGACGUAUCGCCGUUCACUGCCGACCCGCGACUAGGGGUGACGAAUAAGACAUUUACCGUUUCCAGAUUCCGUUCAAUCAGCACGACGUCACUCUUAUGUCAAGGUGAUGUAGUAGAUUCAGUGACCUUGACCUCCAGUCAUGACCUUUACCUUCACGGUAUCCAGUUAUACUGCCCCUUUAACGAAGUAGUCGCCAUGUACAGCGUAUUCAUCUCUGUGCGGAUCAGCCCCGGAACCCUAAUCCCCGGAUCCUGCUUGUCAACAACCAUUCAGGCAAAACCCUUUGAGAAGGCGGUGUUUGACGUCUACCUCAACGCACCUGUGAUCAUUCGGAAGAAUAUCCAGCACAAGGUCGCGGUGUUGAUCAACGGAGGCUACACGUAUCAAGGCACGACGGGCCUGUCACGUGUCAUUUACGGAUCAAACUGCUUUCAGUUUGCAGUUUCAACAGGUGGGCGCUUCAGGAGUUCAAUAUCGGAAGGGCAGAUUCCAGGAUUUAUUUUCAGUGAACCAUGAUAGACAAAAGUAUGCAAAAUGGGUGGAGAAGACAGAUAAAAUUUUCUCGGACGCUUGUACAGGCGAUGUAUUGUGACAUUGACACCACAUUGCUCCACUACUGUACCACCAGUAUCCAUAUCAGUCACUUAACUGCAAAAACAAACUUAAGAAAUACUCACAGGUGAACCCGCGGAUCUGCAUAAUGCGUUCAUUCAGAUACAUACGGGGAUCCAUCUUCCCGAGGCAAAGGAGUUAACUGACUAUAAAAGUCCAGUUUCCACCCUUGCCGAACUAGGCUGGUAUUAUAGUGUUACGUUUUGUCUGGACUAACGAGUCUAUGAAUAGUC